UGGGGGGAAGAAAGUUUUAGGACGGAGGGAAUAUUUUUUUAAAAAUAUUUUACCAUAUUUUUUCUUCAAAGGAUAAUGAAAGAUCAUUUCAAUUUCAGGAGGGAGGGAGUACCGACUCAGGCUCGCAAAAACGGAUCGAACUUAAAUAAGAAAAAUACUCCGUAACCUAACUUUACCACUUCAGUGUUUUACGCUCGGUGCUUACGUCGCUACGCGAUAACGCGAGUCGCCGCCGGUCGGCCUGGUGCUGAAGCAGAAGGUUCAUCGCAGAAAACCAAUCAAACGAUUGCUCAAUCUCGUCUUCAUCUGGCGCGUCCCAUCCACAAAGGAAUUUCAAUCGUGCCUUUUCUUCCGGUCCAGAGCAUUUGGUGCCUGCAUGGUUUCCAACAUGGUUACUCUGACGGAUAUUCUACCCCCGCCAAAGUCUCAUAGCAGUUUGAACUAUGACCACACAAAUGAUCCGUGGUUUAAGAACAGGUAUAGCGCCACUGAGGCAGAAAUAACUACAGUUAUCAAGGCAAACCCGGUUCCCCCUUAUUUAAAAAGGGCUGGAUUUAGGCCAUCUAAGCUCGAGGAUUUUGGGGAUGGAGGUGCAUUCCCCGAAAUUCAUUAUGCACAGUAUCCUCUUGAUAUGGGGAGAAAGAAGGAUCGUAAUCCUGCAAGCAAGACUUUACCUGUUACCGUUGAUGAGCAUGGUGAUGUGAGAUAUGAUGCAAUUGUGAAGCUUAAUGAAAAUUCCAAGAAAAUUGUAUAUUCUCAGCAUAAGGAUCUCAUUCCCAAGGUCGUUAAAGAUGCAACCAACGAAGAAGAGAUGGACAGUGAUGAGAAGCAGAAGGUAAUCGAGGACACUGCCAUGGAGACAAAAGCGGCACUUGAGAAGAUUGUUAACGUGAGGCUGAGUGCAGCACAGCCCAAGAAUGUUCCCACACAAUCUUCAGACUCAAAGUAUAUUAAAUACAAGCCAUCCCAGCAGUCUGCAGCUUUUAACUCAGGUGCAAAGGAAAGGAUCAUCAGGAUGGUGGAGAUGCCUGUGGACCCCUUAGAGCCACCAAAGUUCAAACACAAAAGGGUUCCAAAGGCUUCCGGUUCUCCUCCUGUGCCUAUCAUGCAUUCUCCGCCUCGUCCUGUAACCGUGAAGGACCAACAAGACUGGAAGAUCCCACCUUGUAUUUCCAACUGGAAGAAUCCAAAAGGUUAUACUAUCCCACUUGAUAAGCGUCUUGCUGCAGAUGGUAGGGGGCUCCAGGAGGUCCAGAUCAAUGACAAUUUUGCAAAGCUGUCAGAGUCCUUGUAUGUUGCUGAACAAAAGGCUAGGGAAGCUGUUGCCAUGCGGUCAAAGGUGCAGAAGGAGAUGAUGAUGAAGGAGAAAGAAAGGAAAGAGAUGGAACUUCGUGAAUUGGCCCGAAAGGCAAGAUCUGAAAGAACCGGUGGUGCAGUUGCACCACCACCACCUCCUGUUGCUGCACCUUCUUCUGGAAGGGAUGAAAUGAAUGUGGAUGAAGAUUAUAGGAGGGAUGCACCACCGAAAGAGAGCAGAGAAGAAAGGGAAGAGAGAUUGAAGAGAGAUAAGAUCCGUGAAGAGAGGCGUCGUGAGAGAGAGAGGGAGCGAAGAUUGGAGGCUAAAGAUGCAGCGAUUGGAAAGAAGAGUAAGAUCACUAGGGACAGGGACCGUGAUAUAAGUGAGAAAAUGGCCCUUGGUAUGGCCUCAACAUCAAAAGGAGGUGAAGUGAUGUAUGACCAGAGGUUAUUCAACCAGGAGAAAGGGAUGGAUUCUGGAUUUGCUACUGACGAUGCGUAUAAUAUUUACGACAAGGGUCUCUUCACUGCCCAACCCACACUCUCCACUCUCUACAAACCUAAGAAAGAUGCAGAUGCUGAGAUGUAUGGUGGUGCAGAUGAACAACUGGAUAAAAUUAGGAAAACUGAGCGAUUUAAACCUGACAAGGCAUUUUCUGGAGCGUCUGAGAGGACUGGUGCUAGAGAUCGACCUGUAGAGUUUGAAAAGGAGGAGGCCGAGGAGGCAGAUCCGUUUGGGUUAGACCAGUUCUUAACUGAGGUGAAGAAGGGAAAGAAAGCCAUGGACAAGGUUGGCAGCGGAGGCACCAUGAAGCCUAGUGCAGGUUCCUCUCGAGAUGAUUAUGACAGAGGAUCUGGUAGAUCGAGGAUUAACUUUGAGAGGGGGCGUUAAGCAUUCCUCUCUCUUUGGAACAGUCUGGCUGGCUAAGGUAUUCCAAGCCAACAAAAUUUCUUAUGCAAUUCAGUUCUGUUUUAGUAUGCCAGGUAAACUUAUUGAAGUUUUCCCCCUCCUUUUGAAGCUCUGCUGAUGCUAUCAUAAUAACACUUCUUUCCUUUUCAAACUCAUUCUGUUAGUGUAAAAUGUUCUUUAAAACAACCUUUUUUUUCCAUACUGCAACUCCACAGGGACUCACUUACUUCUUGGAUGAACAAGUGAUUCUUUCUGCUGUUGUAGUUUAAAUUAUGUGCUUGGCACGCCCAAACUCUAGUAUGGGAGACAAGCCCUGUGAUUAUUGUUCUUGGAUAGCCAAAGAGUUUGCCUUCUUUGUCUAAGGUUCUCUCAGAAAAUCAAUACCCAGAGAACAGCUGUGUUACAUUUCAGCUUUGUUUUGAACUUACUCUCUAAAUACAUGGAUAUUAUGCUU